UCAAGACAGCCUGACAGAAAUGGAUGCCUGGCACGUGACCUACAUUCUCGAAUAUCUCUAGGGUUGGUUCACCAGGCUCACCGUCACCACCCAAAAUGGCGAGCAUUCCAGCCGAAAAUCUUCCGACCAGGUCAACGUUUCCUUACCGACCACUGGAUGAGCCCGACAGCAUUCGACUGAUUUGUCUUCACCCAGCCUCAUCCAGCCAAGCUGAAGUGAAGUGCAGCCUCAUCCAUUCGACACUCAAAAUCUAUGAGGACAUUUACGAUGACUACACCGCGCUUUCCUAUGUCUGGGGCGAUCCAAACGAUACCAAAUCAAUCUGGAUUGAUGGAAAUCCCUUUCUAAUAACAAUCAAUCUAUUUUCAGCACUCCGCGACUUGCGCCAUGAGAACAAAGCUUUACUGGUUUGGGCUGAUGCUAUAUGCAUCAAUCAAAUCGAUGAUAAAGAGAAAUUGGGACAGGUUGCGAUGAUGGGAAAGAUCUACUCGGUGGCAGAACAUACCGUGAUCUAUCUUGGACCUCUCGAAGCCAAAAACGCCAACGAACUAAAUAGCAGGGCAUCGACCGACUUCCAUGAAUCACGAUUCUCGUCUGGACUUGCUGAUUUAGUGCUGAGCCAGACAUGGUUUCGACGAGUCUGGGUCUUUCAGGAACUCGUAUUUUCUAAGGACCCCAGGGUACAACUUGGACAAUACCGCCUCCCGUGGGAUACUCUUUUCCGUAUCUUAGCUCGGCAUGUGCAGUCAAGAUAUUCUGGCAAAGACGAGGUUAUUCGUGGAUGGAAGCUACUUUCAGAAAUGCAUCAAGCUCGCGAGACACAUCGAAAAGGAGAGGGUACUAGUAGGCCUCCGCAUUCGAACAGCUCACUAAAAGAUUUGGAGGAUGAAUCAUCAGUGACUAUGCUUAGCUUGUUGAGAGCUAGAAGGGGUCUAGGUAUCACAUAUCCCAAGGAUAUGAUAUUUGCACACCUUGGUUUUGCCUCAGAUGGGGCCGCUCUCGGGGAGAGGAUCAACUAUUCCAUGAAUCAUUUACAUUUGUACCAUUCAUUUGCUCGCUACAUAGUUAAUCAGGGCUUGCACUGCGAACUCUUCAACGAAAUCAAUGUUGUGGAUCCAUCAACGCAACGCAACGGGUUAUCCUCGUGGACUCCCAAUUGGGAAAUUCAGAGGAACGACGCCCUAAUCCCCUCCAACGAUUGGGUCACUCAGGUUUUUGAAUGCGAUGUCAGGGAUGUUAGUUCUCUCUUUUGGAUGAAACCUAAGAUCAGCAACAUUAUCCAACACACUUUCGUUCGUGAUCCUCCAAUUCUGGCAUGCUUGGGCGCAGAAUUAGGCGUGGUCGUGCGGUGCAGUAGCUCUCUGUCGGGGCUGGUUAAACUCUUUCUCCAGGACUCCAAUAUUGCCUGGCGUUGCUGCUUAAGGGCCGCUAAACCUACUAUCGUCGAGUAUGAAGGCAGUUUUCACGGCUUGGCGGGCGAGGAUGUUUACAAGACUAUCUGGGGACCAGACACCAUGAACGAAGAUAUCCUUUCUGGUGUCCAAACUUGCAAAAAUAUAUGGGAUAGUCUGUAUGACACGACUCAUUCCGAGCCCAGCGAGCUUACAUUCUACGAUCUUGAUUGGCUAUACCAGGUACUUUCAGACAUAACCACCAGAACGGGCUCUACACAUUCGAGGCUUAGAAGCUGGAACGCUGGCAUCCUGGCACGUACAGGUUGUGGGAGGUUGGCCCUUGUUUCUAGAUGGACGCAAUGUGGGGAUAUUGUUGCCGGUUUAAUCCUUCCAAGUGGUCGUGUAUACAACAAUAGCUUUCUCAUAUUCCGGCCGAUGGGGCAAACUGCGCAUGACUUAGAAGCCUUGCUCACAGAAAAGUUCGGCCAGCGAAUCAGGCCUGUAUUGCCCUGCAAGCUUUUGGGUCUGUGCUGGAUGGACACAACCGGUCUACGGUUUAGGGAUCAGGACUCUGGGGAACAUGAAGUUGAUGGAGAUGGCCCCGGGUUUGAGACUUGGAAGGCUAUUAUGGCUGGUUCUUCAACGAACGGCUUGAUGCUCGGGGGAAUGGCAAUCCUCAAACGCUCUCUCGGAAACCCCAGGAGGCGUCAUUGGGGACUAGACUCAACGGAGCAAAAUCUCCAUUGGAAGACAUUUGCUAUCCACUAGCCAGUCGCCAACGUGAGGGGCGUGUCCUUGACAUUGGCAAUUUCGAUC